AUGAGUUCGAGGUUAAGUAUCCAGGGAGUACGAGGUCGGAUGCAAUGCUUCCGCGAUUUUGGACGACAAAGGCCGCAAGUUGCCAGCCCUCGGUUCCAAUUGCCGCCUUCAAGAUUUCCAAACCCAACAAUCAACACAUUACAUCUUCGAGGAUACUCGUCAAAUGUUCCCUCUAUUGAGAGCUGUCCCUGUGGAUCUGAUUUAAGCGUUCCGGAUCUGGAGGGUGAUGAAAUCGACAUGAAAUCUCCUUUGGGGGGUGUUAUCACUCGUCACUAUCGCCACGUUUUAAUUCACACUGGGACAAGUGAUUGGCCUAGCAGAAUUGAGGACGGCCCUUCGAUAUCUUCAAAGAGGUCGAGAAUGUCUAAGGAUAUAACAGAGGAUGAAGAGAGUAGUUCCAUAACUGCUAAACUCAAGGCUUUGGUAUCCCGAGGAAGUAUAUAUGUUGAUCCAUUUUACCCAAUCCUUGUCACCAACACUUCCCUUCCCAUAGACCCUUCUGCGCAAGAAGGGCAUGGGACGAUAACAGUAUUUCCAGAUGCUGUGGAGAUCACCUCAAUACCAAAUUCCAUGGAAAGCCUAAGAUCUCUGGUGACUUCAUUUCUUCUCCCACCUUCUAACCCUUUAUCAUCUCCCCAAAAAGAUCGUGAAUCUUUCACAACAAAAAGAAUAUCAAAACCGGUGAUAUUAACCUGCUCACACGGAAAUCGUGAUAAAAGAUGCGGGAUUCUCGGACCCGUCAUAGCGAGGGCUUUUAAAGAAGCAUUGGCAAAUGGGAGUGAGAAGGAAGGGAUCGACUAUAUCAUUGGAGAUAUUUCUCAUAUUGGAGGGCACAAAUUCGCGGGGAAUGUAAUAAUACAUCUUCCUGGCGACCACCCGCUGUCUGGGGCUAUAAAUAACGCCCCAGCGUCUACAUUGCCGGCUGCUAGGCCAGGUGAUGCCAAAGAGAAGGCAGAAUCGAGUCGCAGCGUUUCAAUUUGGUAUGGACGUGUGAUGCCGUAUCAUGUCAAGGGAAUCAUUAAGACAACAUUAAAAGGGGGCAAAAUCGUGAAAGAACUACUGAGAGGCAUUGUCAACUCCGACGGUGACUUGGUAGACUUGCACGGGAUCGGGUUUAAGUAA